AAACAACACCCCGGGAUGAAGAUACCCUGCUUAAGUGUAUACCCGGCAAGUAGUUGCCAAAUUUCCCGCCAUCCAACGUCCUCUUCUGCCCUGGCAGGUGCCCAAAACCCUCUUCCCGCCCUUUUUGUUUUCCCACGCUGUCUCCUAUCGUUUGUUCCUCAUCCGCGUCGCCAUUCCCCUGGAUUCUCCUCACCCCCACGGUCGGACCCUUCAUCUUCUCACUCCCUCGCUCCCAUUUCUCUCUUCAUCUAUCUCUCGCUUUCCUCUCGUUUCUGCCCUCGCCGCAUUCACUGCUCUGUGUUGCAGUUUAGCGGUGAGUUAGGUGCGUCGGCGUGGUCUGCUCUUUCGCCGGUUGUGGCGGAGUUAGUGAGGUAGGGAAACAU